AUGAGUGAAUUAAUUUUGGGAUACUGGGGCCUUCCUUUAAAAGGACAACCUAUCAGAUACUUACUUGAAUUAGGCAAGUAGGCUUAUUAGGACAAAAAAUAUUCAAACAAAGAUGAGUGGUUUUAGCAAGAUAAGUUAAAUCUUGGACUCGACUUCCCUAAUUUACCUUACAUCAUUCAUGGAGAUGUCAAGAUGACAGAAUCUUAAAAUAUAGUCGCUUACAUCAUUGAUCUCACUAAGUAAACAAAUCUUUUGGGAGCAGAUAAAACCAAAUUCAAAAUUCAAAAUAUAGUCCUUUUCUGCAACGAUUUGAUUGGCUCAUUCAAGCCCAUCAGUAUGAAACAAGGCGAAGAAAGAACUUAAGAAAUCGAAAAGAUAUUGCCUAAGAUUAAAUUAUUAGAAAAAGAUCUCAAUAAAAAGGCCCAUUUCUUCAACAACUCUUUAACUUUGGCUGAUAUCUAUGCUUACUGCAUUAUUGAUAAUUUCUAACAAUUAGGUGGUGACUCCUACAAGCCAUUUGAGGAAUCAUUCAAAGCUUUCUUAGAUGCCUUUAGAAGUAUUCCCGAAAUCAAAGCUUACAUCGAGUCUGAUCGUUGUACUAGAUUCUAAUAAUAAUGA